AUGUUGUACAAAAGUAUUCUAUAUUUUGUUCAAAAAGGUGCAAAAUCUCGUCAACUUCAUCAUAUGCCAAAGGCACCGUUACCUGGGGAACCUGCAAAACCGUGUACACUUACUGAAAUACCUGGACCAAAGUCGGAAGCUCUUCUCAAUGAAUUUUCCAAAAUUCAGCAAGUAGAUAUUCAAUAUUUCGGAGAUUACCAAAGAUCUAUUGGAAAUUACUUAGCAGAUAUUGAUGGAAAUGUUUUCUUAGAUAUGUUUAUGCAAGUGUCCACACUUGCUCUUGGAUAUAACCAUAGAUCAAUCCUUGGUGUAUUAUCUUGUGGAGGAAAUCAAAGAGUAAUAGCAAAUAGGCCUGCAUUGGGAUUAUUCCCUGGUUUAGAGUGGCCACGUAAAAUACAGAAUACAUUGCUUCAACCAUGUGUAGCUCCAAAAGGAUUACCAUGUGUUUUUACAGCCAUGUGCGCUGCUUGUUCUACUGAGCAUGCUAUACAAAUGGCAUUCAUAAAAUAUGCGGAAAAACGUCGAUGUGGCAAGGAUUUUACAGAUGAAGAAAAAAAAAGUGCACUCUUUAAUAAACCACCUGGUUGUCCUAAAUUGUCUAUCCUUUCUUUUGAAGGAGGAUUUCAUGGUAGAACGUUUGGCGCAUUGGCACUAUCACAUUAUAGAUAUAUAACGAAAGUUGAUGUACCUUCUCUUCCAUGGCCAAUUGCACCUUAUCCACAUUAUUUAUAUCCACUGAAUCAAUAUGAAAAAGAAAAUAAACAAGAAGAUGUUCGAUGCUUGGAACAAGUAGAGGAGUUAAUAGAACAAUAUGAAAAGACAAUGCCAGUUGCUGGUAUCAUAGUUGAAGCAAUACAAUGUGAAGGAGGAGAUAGACAUGCUUCUCCAGAUUUUUUUCUACAGUUACAAGAGAUUUGUAAAAAAAGAUCUAUUCCUUUAAUACUGGAUGAGAUACAAACAGGUGGUGGUGCAACUGGAAGAAUAUGGGCACAUGAAUAUUUUGAAUUAAAUAUUCCUCCUGAUAUUGUUACCUUUAGUUACAAAAUGCAAGCUAGUGGAUUUUAUCAUUCUCCUGAAUAUAUGCCUAAGCAACCAUGUAGAGUUUUUAAUGUAUGGAUGGGGGAUCCAAUUAAAAUUUUAUUGUUAGAGGCAGUAUUAAAAACCAUCGAAGCAGAAGAUUUAUUAACUCAUGUAUGUUACGUUGGCAAUUAUUUGCUUUGUCAACUGAAUACGUUACAGCAUGAAUUUUCGGAUCUUAUAAGUUCCGUGCGAGGCAGAGGUUUUAUCAUUGCGUUUGACACGCCAUGCAAAGAUACGAGAAGUAAAUUAAUGUAUCUCUUACGUACUAAAGGUGUACAAGUGAGUGGCAAUGGAACAAAAACAAUUAGACUAAGACCAUGCCUUAUAUUCGGAGAAUAUCAUGCUGAUAUCUUCUUAGAAAUUCUUCGUGAUUGCUUGCAAGAACUUGCUGAGAACUGAUACACAUAUUUGUAAAUUAUAUUUUACUUACUAUUUACAUUUGUUAAAUAUAUAUAUAUUUCAGUAUAAAAAUAUACGCUUUAUAAUUGACAACGUACAUAUGUAACUACAGUCCAAUAGCGCGUUAACUUUCGUUAGAUUAUAAUCAAGAUUCAAAUAUCGCGGUUGUAGCCGUAUUACCGAUCAAGGACCAAAGUUUUGCCUGGUACAAAGGAGAUCGAUAUCAGCAUGGCGGUAAAGGAGCGGCUCCAUUCAGCGUGAUUGAGAAUCAAGAUUAUUAUGGCUCAGAUUUUGCAUUACAUAACGGGAAAGUGCAUUUCCAUCGAAGUGCAUUUUUCGCGACGCUUAGUAGCGUCCUGAACGACUGUAAGAAUAGAACGAGAAACACGACGUUGAACUUGCCGUUGUGACUGGGGAAAAAAAAAAGGAAACGAGAAGGAAAGGGUUUGACGUUACAAUCGACAAUCGCAUCCGAAGUUCUCAGCCCCGGCACGUUGAAACGCGUAAACAAUCACCAUGGCAAAGUACGAGGAUAUUGCGUAACGCUAGCUUUAUCUAAUUAUAGCAGCGUAGAAAGUGCAUCUUUAAUUCAAUGAUAAUGCUUUGUUUACUAUACUAUGCUCUGUAAACUCUGUUACUGUUACGCUUGAUACAUCGACUCAU